UUUUCUGUGUCAUGAAAAAUUCUUUAACUUGGUGAAUAUAGUCAGUUAGGACACAUGACAUUCCUGAAUGUGGACUUCUAAUGUGACUAAACAAUUACCCUGGAUUUUACAUCAGAGUACUUUGAUGCCUAAGGGGACGUAUUGUAACUACGUAGAUCUAAGCAUAGGUCAGGUUUAUAAAGGAAACAUGAAAGGGUGGAUAAUUUUUCUAGGUGAACCCCAGAACAGAUUAUGGCACAAAUUACCUCUUUCUACUGUGCCUCACUCAACGUGUCUAUAAAAAGUGUGUCUCAAGGAGGGGAUUGUUCCUUGAACUUACUGCAUUAGAUUCAGUAAAUCCCCUAGGUGAAGGAGUGGCCGUGGCAUGGUCGGCAUGCAGUUGGAGACAAUGGCUUCAGUUUCAACAUGUGGAGGACACACAGACUGGUUCACAUAGGCCAUGGAGGGAAGGGAGGGGGAAGAAGGAGCGAUGAGUGAUGGAUCCCACAGCACUCUGGUUUCUGUGGAGUAAAGCCCCAGGGAAACGGAAAUAGUCUUGGGCUCGAGCACUCUGGUUUGGGUUUGAAGUUCUUGGAGUCGGCUAGGCUUCCUCUAGUCUUUUUGCUCUUCAAGGAACAGAUUCCAGAGUCACUGAAGCAUGUUUAUAAUUGGGCAUUUCUAAGAAAAUAAGAAUAGGAGUGAAGAAAUAGUAAUUUAAUCCUUGAAAGAUUUGCAUCCCAGUAAAAGCAGCUGCCUCUUAGACCAGAAAGGGCUAAUUUGCCACAGUGGAAAAUAAAAAGGAGACCUCCCUCCAGGCUGAAUACUGUGCCUACUUACAUAUUUCAGUUUGUUUUCAUCAGCACCACGCACACUGAAUCUUCAGUGAGUGAAGAUGCUUUGGAAACUGUAUUUAUUUGUGUUUGCUACCUCGGUCAUUUUGCAUUUUGUAGGAAUCGUUGCCAAUCUUCUUAUUAUAGUGGUCAUUUAUAAGGCUUGGGUCAAAAGCCACCGAGUCUCCUCUUCGGACACUCUCUUGUUCAGUUUGGCCGUCACUAGAUCCCUAACUCUGGUGUUGUUUCUAGUGAACUCUGUCUACAGUGCUGCAAACGCGGUAAGGUCAGUCUACUUUUCCAUGUUUUUCCUGUUGUGUUGGAAGUUUCUGGACUCCAACAGUCUCUGGUUAGUGACCUUGCUGAACUGUUUGUAUUGUGUGAAGAUUACUAAUUUCCAGUACCCAAUGUUUCGUUUGUUGAAACGGGCAGUCUCUGCAAAGACCUCCCACCUGCUGCUGGCCUGUCUUCUGAUUUCUGCCUUCACCACUCUCCUGUAUCUUGUGCUCACACAGAUAUCACGCUUUCCCGAACACAUAACUGGAAGAAACGAGACGUUAUUUGACCUCAAGGAGGGCAUAUUGACAUUAGCAGCUUCUUUGGUCUUGAACUCACUAUUACAGUUUGUGUUCAAUGUGACUUUCGCUUCCUUGUUAAUACAUUCCUUGCGAAGACAUGUACAGAAGAUGAAGAGAAACACUACGAGCUUUUGGAAUCCCCAGGUGGAGGCUCACAUGGGUGCCAUGAGGCUGAUGAUCUGUUUCCUCCUGCUCUACAUUCCGUAUUCAGUUGCUGCUCUGAUCUAUCCUCUCUCCUAUGGAAGGAAGAGUCUGAGAACCCAGGCUGUUUGCAUAAUUAUUACUGCUGCUUACCCUCCAGGACAUUCUCUCCUCCUCAUCAUCACACAUCAUAAACUUAAAGCUAAAGCAAAGAAGAUUUUCUGUUUCUACAAAUAGUGGAAUUUCAUUUGUAAAGCUUGACAGCAUGACUUCAUGGUUUGGUUGCAAGUGUUAGAAAUUUCACGGUGAUCUAAGGACUUGAUUUUGUGAUUCUGUAUCUGACAUCUUGACCCUGGUCCCGAGUGCUUGUAUUUUAGUCAAUACUGUAUUUUUUUUUUUUUUGCUAAUAUUGUAAAGUAAAGCACAUUUCUUAAGGAAUUGUAUGAGGCAUUUGUGUAUUUUGCAUGGCCAUUACAUUCCUAGAUAGUGGAAAUUAUCAUACUGUUCCACUAGCUGCUGAAGUAUAAGGGGAUGUCCCUGAAUGAAGGCCACAUUGUGAUGUACAUGGUUAACACAAAUUAGAGAAUUUAGCCAAGGAUCCCUGAACAAGGUACCACUAGUAGCUAAGCUGUCACUGAGAACAGAUUGGCUUAAAGGGUAACAAGGUAGUACAUAAAGAAAAGAGGGAGGGGGGUUCAGAGAAAAAGAGAAAAGUGGAAAGAGAUAGGUGUGCAUUUGUGGGGCAUGACAGAUAAAGGAUCCUGAUGUUUGUUGAGCUGUUACUAUCAAGAAACCCUGGUACUGAGUUUCUAGGCUUGAUCUAGAAAUGGUCAGAGUUGAUAUAGUGACUGAUAGUAAACAAUUCAAUUAAAACGGUUGAAACUCAAAGAAUCUAUUUUAUUAUCUAGAGACAUAGCCUAGGGCAAAAGCAAGUUCUAUUCAGAUAGUGAGAGAACACCACCUGAGUGGAAAUUUAGAGAGCACAGCACCUACACCUUUGCUCCAGAGUUCAGUGGAAGGCCAAGAGCAUUGAGCUGGUGGUGGAGUACUGGACUGGGCAGCUUAUCUCAAUGGUUUCUACAUUGCACAGUUGUCCAGGAGAAUACUGUUUUGGGGAAUCUGAUGAUGGGUGUUGACAAGUUAUGAA